GUGUUGCAACAGGGGAAGAAGUUUGAAGGAAUUGAUCCUACGAAUUAUCAAAGUUCUCUGCCCGUGAGGGAGGAAAAUCAAACCACAUCUGUGAAUCGAUCGGGUGGGUUUUUGGGUUGACUGCAACCAUUAACCAUGGCUAUGCAAACUGGUAUGGGGUUAUCGAGGAUUAUUCUCAUAUUCGGAGCAGGUUAUACUGGGACUAUAUUGAUGAAGAAUGGAAAAUUGUCGGACGUAUUGGGGGAACUACAGAAUUUGGUUAAAGGCAUGGAGAAAUCUGGGGAGGGGGAUGGAGAUUCUGACUAUUCAGAUGCCAUUGCUGCACAGGUACGCCGCUUAGCCAUGGAGGUUCGUCAGCUUGCCUCAUCUAGGCAGGUCACAGUUCUCAAUGGCGGCUCUGGUCAAAGUAACUUAACAGGUUUAAUUAUGCCAGCUGCUGCAUUAGGAGCUGUGGGCUAUGGAUACAUGUGGUGGAAAGGUUUUUCGUUCUCAGACCUAAUGUAUGUAACAAAACGCAGCAUGGCAAACGCUGUUGAAAACUUGACAAAACAUUUGGAGCAUGUCUCAGAUGCUCUUGCAGCAACAAAAAGGCAUUUGACUCAGAGAAUAGAGAACUUGGAUGGGAAACUCGAUGACCAAGUGGAGAUUUCCAAACUCAUCAGGAAUGAGGUCAAUGAUGUGCGUGGUGAUCUCUCUCAAAUUGGAUUCGAUCUGGAUGACCUGCAUAGGAUGGUUUCUGGUUUGGAUGGUCAGCUACUUUCACUGGAAGGCAAACAGAAGCUUGCAAAUGCUGGUGUAUUGUACCUAUGUAGCGUUGUUAGUGGAAGAAAGGUGAAAAUGCCCGACAUGCUUCAGGAUCAGCUGAAAGUUCCUGGAAACUCAGUUCCAAGUCUGAUGGGUCUUAAGGAGAUUGCUGAUUCUCUUUCCACCGGAGACAGUUUAUUGACGGAAGGAAAUGUUGAAAAUGGUUCUGAUAAGUUCAAUAUAACCUUGAGAAGGGCUGAUUCAAGCAAGUGUUGAAUGCCACCGUACUUGUACGCCUGAAAUUAUUGUAAGAACACCUGUUCAACUUUACAGAAUCACGGCGCGCAGCUCCAUUGUUGCUCUUGAAAUGUUCCGUGUUCGACAUUGUUACAGUUUCCAUGGUACCCUUGAUAUGUAGAUAUAAAUCAAAUUGUUUGGAACCCUUUGUUUAGUUCACAAGGUUGAUUUGUUAUGAAUAGUCUCAAUUCUCAUAAUUUAAGUUGGUGAUUUCUGGGUGACCAA